AUGAUAGAUGAAUUCUUGACUCAACUCAACCUGGAUCCUGAACAAGCUCAAAUAGAAAGUGAUCAGAAGCUAAACUAUCUUCUUUCAUUGCCCAAUAAGUCAACUUCAAAACUGUUCCUCAAUCAUAAACAAGAAGUGUUCAAGUUCAUCUGCACUAUAUUGAAACAAGGAUGCAUAGAUGAUGAGAUAUUGGACAACUUGACAAAGAUGCUUCUCAUCGUGUUGAUUGAUGAUCAACAGAAUUCUGAAGCAAAUAGUCAAGCAUUAAUCGAUUUGUUGUUGGAGAAACAAGGACAUGUACUCAAUAUCCUGUUCAGAGAGGUUCAUUCAUUCAUCAAACCAAUCGACUCUUUACUUCAAUUCUUCCAUCAUCUUAACGCAGACAACAUGAACAUUGUUAUAUCUCUCUUUGGAACAUCAUUUCAACAAUAUUACAAGAGAUAUGAAGAGUACAUACUUAAUGAGUUGAGGUCUACCAAGUUCCUCGGACUAUCACUACUCAAUGGUAUCAUCAAAUGCUUUGGAACGAGUGUAAGUGAGCAUUCCCUGGAGCAGGUAUUCAAACCAAUCCUAGAUUGUAUAAAGGUGAUCCAUUUCAAAGCGGACGAUGUUACCAUUGACACAUCACUUGAAGUUGCAUGGGGUUUGAUCGGAAUCGUUGAUCUACUCAUCAACAGCAAAAACACCAUGGAGGAUCUCAAGAUAGGUCACCCCGUCGAUCUAUACAUGUCCACUGCAUUCAUGGUCAUGUUGAUGUCACCCAAGUCACCAUUUGGGAACCAUCAAGAAGAGCAUAAGUUCAUUGUGCGACAUCAAGCAUCACUGGCCUUUUUCCUCACUUCGCAUUUUAAUCGAAUAUACACCAUCUUUCCACAACCAUUUCUCAAAGCACUGGCCCGCCACUCAAUGUUGAGCUAUAGUAGUAUGAUCUUAGCAUCAUUAAUUAUCAUCAUCAAUCAGAUCUUCCUCUCGGUGACUUCCUAA